AUGAAAGAAAUUAGCAAAUGUCGAGAUGAAUGCAGUCCCCGGUUGGAUUUGAACAAUACUCAGUUGCAUGCUUUACCUUCCAACAUUCGAGACCUUGGUUCCCAUCUCCGUGAACUCUCCCUCUAUACCAAUAAGCUCUCUAAUCUUCCCAAUGAAAUUGGUGCACUGACACAGCUGAACAUUCUUAUGGUAGCAGAAAACUCCCUGACUUCACUACCCGAUACCCUCUCUGAAUGCACUCAACUAAGAAUUCUUGAUGUUCGGCACAACAAACUUUGUGAAAUACCACCUGUUGUCUAUCGAAUGCAGAGUCUCGUUCAAAUUUACCUUAGUUUUAAUCGUAUUCGUGAAGUUGGAAAGGAUAUUGGACGACUUACGAAGUUACAGAUGUUGAAUCUACGAGCAAACAAGAUUCACAGCUUACCCUCAAUUCCUGGUAUCUGCGAAUUGAAACAACUAACUUCUCUCGAUGUUGCCAAGAAUCACUUGGAAAGCCUUCCCAAAGAGAUUGGUCAGUGUGAAAAUCUGACGGAGAUCUUUGUGCAGACCAACGAGCUUUCUUCCCUUCCUGAAUCAAUUGGAGAUUUGUCCCAUCUCGAGCGUCUAGGUAUUACGUACAAUCGUUUAGAAGCUCUACCCGCAUCCCUAUCCCACUGUACUCGACUUACCGACCUCAGCAUUGAAAAUAACAAAAUUUCCCAACUUCCUAAGGACCUUCUGGAGAAUCUGACAAAUCUCUCCAGCCUCUCGCUUUCCCGUAACUGUUUCACUGUGUUUCCUCCUGGUAGACCAGUCCAGUUCACCACUGUCCAGGAUAUUUCGAUGGAUCACAAUCAAAUAACAAAGAUCCCCUUUGGUAUUUUCUCCGAGGCAACUCAUCUCGCUAAGCUCAGCAUGACUAACAACCAAUUGGCCGCUCUGCCACCCGACAUGAAAACCUGGACCAGUUUGAUGGAGCUUAAUUUGGGUUCUAAUCAACUCACCAAGCUCCCUGAUGAUAUCGACCACUUAAUCAACUUGGAAGUGCUCAUUCUCAGUAGUAACCAGCUUAAACGAAUUCCUCCCUCAGUCCAAGAACUACGCAAAUUGAGAGUUCUCGAUUUGGAAGAGAACAAGUUAGACUGUCUACCUACUGAAAUAGGCAAUUUACCCGAACUUCAGCGUUUGAUAGUGCAAACAAAUAACCUUACUAUUCUUCCUGCUUCCAUAGGAAAUCUCCACAAUCUUACCUUCUUAAAAGUAGGGGAAAAUGAUUUGCAAAGUUUGACUCCUGCUAUUGGGAAAUUGUCUAACUUGGAGACUCUCUUUCUGAAUGACAAUUACAAUCUACACGACUUGCCAUCGGAAUUGGCAAUGUGCCGCAAGUUGCAGAUAAUGUCCAUCGAAAACUGUCCUCUAUCGAAGAUUCCAAAUGAAGUAGUUUCACUUGGUCCUACGUUGGUCAUGCAGUAUCUUAGCUUACAGAACUCUUACGGGCAGGGAUGA